AUGACUUACACAAAGAGAUCAGCUGCCUAUUUUGCCAAGACAGAAGCUGUCACUGAAUUUCUGGUAGAGUUUGUUAGAGUACGGAAGGCAUUUUUGGAUAGUAAUAAAAAGGAGUGUGCGGGACGUAAUUCUCCUUACCGCAGAUCAAAGAGCGCAAAACGCGGCGGAAAGAAUCUAAGUCAUAGGGAUGAUCACGACUUACAUAAUGAUAACCUAUCGAAUGUGGCAACACAAAUGCUAGCGGACAGCGACAUACACCUUGACGCAUUCAUUUCUCUGGUAGCUGCAUAUGGUGCCAUGGAAAAAGAACAGGCCAAAAUUCAAAAGUUUGAGCUCUCAAAAAUACUGAGAAAUACUAGGAUUACCCACCGUAAAUUCCCAAAAGUGGAACACGGAUAUGAUAUCGCAACUAGCAAAAGAAUCGCACAAGAGCUAGAAUACCAACGCCAAACGAAGGAUAUAAGAGAAGCAUUUUCUUCCAAGACAAAUCUGCACGAAUUUAAACCGCCAAUAAUGUAGGCCUUUCACAAAUACCAACAAUAACAUACAGCUCCGGAACUAACACCAUAUUAGGGGUGGCACUAACAUUCUUGGGAGCUUACUCAAUCUCUGGCUCUUUAGGAGUUAAAAAUACCCUCUACGUAAGUACUAAACAAAACAAUACACACCCUACAGAAAGCCACAAUAGGAAUAGGAGUAUCUCUCGUCGCACUUAUAGUAGAUACCAUAUUGUAUUUAACUAGAUGCAACCACUAGAACAUUGUAGAAUAUCAGAUCAGGUCUCCAUGUUUUCCGCACUGAGAGCCUCAGAAGAACGAAAGUUAUUUUUAAUAUCAUCACCUCUACAAUUGUCAAAGAACAAGACUCAUAGAAUAUGCACAUUGCAGCGCAUGACGCAGUAGAAUAAUUUUUACACAUUCUAAGGUCAGCGACAAACCAACGUAAUAUGCCGAUAAUCAUAGACUAAUACAUAUUCAUAGUAAGAUCAGUAAAAAAACUGUUGAAUCCUCAAUUUAGUUAGGAUCUGGUGCCAGUUUUUGUCAUCAUGUACUAAGUCAGUAUCCUGUAUAUUUCUUCACUAAUCAGAAACACGGACCAGGCUUAUCAUCAUCAAAAGCGG